AAUAUAUACCUCCGCCCACACUGUCUUUGUUGUCGUUGGUACUGUGGCUGUUGGUGGUGUUGAAACGCAGAAGACAACCAUCUAGCCUGGUACCCCUUCGCAGCAGCAAAAGCACUUUAUGAGCGGAGGAGAGUGAAUCUGCGACGGCGAAGGGGAGCACGGACUCAAUCAUGGCUACCGAAACGACAUCGUCCUGCACUGGCUCCAAUUUACUGCAGCCCAUAAGCGAGAUAAUCAAUCUUCCGCUAGACCAGGUGAACUUUGUGGUGUGCCAGCUUUUUGCCCUGCUCACGGCCUUCUGGUUCCGCCUCUACCUCCACCCCAGAAGAUGCCCAGUCUGCUGGAGUACCUGAGCUACAACUGUAACUUCAUGGGCAUCCUGGCCGGGCCCACCUGCUCCUACAACGACUACAUGGCCUUCAUCAAGGGCACGGCCUACCAGCCUCGCCACCUGGAGGCCAACGGGAAGGAGAACGGGAAGUACAAGCAUACGGAGCCCUCGCCCAAGAACAACGUGAUCUCCAAGCUGUGUACGUGUGCCAUCUCCCUGGCCAUCUUCCUGUCCGUGUCCAAGACCUUUCCUGUGGAGCGCUCCAUCGAUGAGAAGUUCAUCGCCUCUACCCCCUUCAUCCUCCAGGUCUUCUAUCUGUACCUCUCCAUGCUGGCCACCCGGCCCAAGUACUACUUCAUUUGGGCCCUGUCUGAUGCCAUCAACAACGCUGCAGGCUUCGGCUUCAAUGGCUACAACAAAGAUGGCACACCAAGAUGGGACCUGAUAUCCAAUUUGAGAAUACUGGACAUUGAGUUUGCCACCAGUUUUAAGAUGUUCCUCGACAACUGGAAUAUCCAGACAGCGCUUUGGCUCAAAAGGGUGUGUUAUGAGCGUUGUCCCAUCAACCCUACAGCGGCCACCUUCCUACUGUCGGCCAUGUGGCACGGAGUGUACCCCGGGUACUACCUCACCUUUCUCACGGGCAUUGGCAUGACCAUGGCAGCACGGGCACUUAGACACAACAUCAGACCGUACUUCCUGGGUUCAACGACACACAAGAGCGUCUACGAUGUCAUCACGUGGGCGGGGACUCAGGUCGCCAUCUGCUACACGGUUGUGCCAUUCGUCCUAUUGGCCGUUGGGCCGUCACUCAAGUUCUACAGGUCAUGGUACUACUGCAUACACAUAGCAUGCCUGCUGCUGGUGUUAGCCCUUCCAGUGAAGCCAUGGCACCUCCGCGCCAAGGAGGAGCAACAACAGCAGAACAGCCUACAGGGGGGGUUGACCGGAGACCACAACAUCACAGACAACAACUGCAACCAGAAAAACAAAGCCACAUGAGACCCGGGAGGAAGCCCCUCCAACCCACACCUCAGAGCUCAAACCGGCACAGAGACAAAGUGCAGCGAUUCUUUGAGACCACAAAGAACCAAAAAAUUGACAGGAACACCGGAAUAACAGACAAUAACAAACUCAGUUCAACAACAACCCAUCAAACCUUCCAGUAGCGAGGAACGACAGCAAACCAUGCUUUGGAGAAAUUAGAAGUAACGAGAGGAAUAUCCGAGGGCCACUAAACGGCUAGGAUCUAAUGAGUGAUGAUGCUAAUGGUGCAAUGCUAAAUGACAGAAUUCCGAAGAAUGCAAAGCUGACUGAAGUUUCCUUACCUCUAUGUACUGCUAACAAGUUAGCGGCUAGGCUAGGUGCAGAUUCUGCAGGGUGAGAAAGGUUGUGUGGAGGGGGAGCGCUUGUGGCAUUGGGAAAUGAAGGAGUUGCAGUUUGACCUCGAGUGUAGCGGGCGCUAUACAGGCUAGUCAGACAUGGGUAUCGAGAGGAUUUUUGUCAGGGUAGGAAAACGAUGUAACCUCUACUAGGAAAAGAGGUGUAAUAGAAAAUUGAGUGAAAAAUAUGAAAGAAAUAACUUUUUUGUCAGAUGCCAACUUCAAGCAGGCCUUAGGAUCCUCUAAACAUUGUUUGAUAACUGUCACUUUUCUUUUGUCACUUUUUUUUGUAUCUGCUGCUUUUUUGGAAUGAUACUCGUUCAUUACAAAGGGAGUGUAUUCACGGUAAUUGAUUUUAAGGGCUUUUUUUGACAUGGGGUUAAUUCUGUGUAGGUUUUGUUUUCCUCCUGUAUCUGAUUACAAACUGUAGGUUUCCUCUAGGGUCAUACGUUUUGCCUACCUCUAACAUCAGUUACAAGUUCAGUUUUGUUAAACUGGUUUGACAUCUUCAUAUAGGCUUCUAGUUUCACUAUGAACUCAAAUGGAAAUCGCCACCUAGAUUCGUUUUUGAAUCCAUAGCCUCGAAAUGAAAUUCAACAAACGGUGUUGUUUGUGACCUAAUCACUCGUGGACAGACUGACCAAAUGAUGCAAGAUUUUAGUUCUGGGUUAACCAAGAUUAUUUGACCUUACUGUAGGAUGUAACAUUUACUAUCACACUACAAGUAGAGCUGAUUUUAGAUUCAUAUAAAUUACCUUUAACAUUAAAGGUUGGGCAAUAUGUAUUUGCCAUUUAGGAAGCCUACUGUAUGUAAUAUUAUUUGUACGUAUUUGACAUAAUUGGAAUGGAAAACAAACAUAACAAUUCUUAUGCUCCAAUCAUAAACCCUAACUUGUAUGCUCGCUUGUCUUGUGACCCUCUUAAUAAACAAAACAAAUAUUUCAAGCCAGAUCCCAGACAUAAGCCACAACCCAAGAGGUUCUCUCAUUACUAUAAUGUAAAAAAACACUGGUGUACAAGAGUUCUAUCAGGUGGGUCCAACCAACUCUUCCAUGGGGGGGGGGGUUAAUUGUGGUGCAGAGGACAGCCCAUGAGCAUAACCUACACAUCCUGAUUGUUCCACAGUGCCCUGUUUCUGGAGAGGUAUGGAACAUUCCAUCACAGGCAGGCAUUGAUCUUUUGGACCACACACCAUUCAUUAGCUGGUGAGAGUUGGAUAAGUACUGUAGUACAACCAAGAUGGGAGCCAAUGAACCAGUUUAGGGGUUUAUUUUGUGAUAAUGAGUAACAACCAUGCAGCAGAUUUGAGUUUCCAUAUGUAAUCUUUCCCUAACGUCCAUACUGUACUCCUGCCAUAAAUGUUUGUAUGUGAUUUUUAAAAUGUUCAUGUGGUCUAUGAGUGUAUUUGUAGUCAAGGUGUAAAUGCCUGAGGGGAAAGGUGGGCUAUCUUUACCAGCAAGUUGAUAAUUGCACUGCAUGGCCACCCAAAACUAGCCUGGUGAAACCAGACGUAACACUACGCUCACUAUAGCUUGUGUAGUAUUCAGUCUGGUUUAACUAAGCUACCCCAAACCAGCAGAUCAAUGCAAACGGCUCCAAAUGUCCAAAGUGCCAUGUCAUAAAUGGCCCAUAUGUUGUAUGUGUGUGAAAGCAUAAUGGUUAUUUUUGUGUCAAGAAAGAAACUUAUGGAAAGAUUUGUAUAAUAGUACUUAAACUGAUUUAUGUCAAAGGGAAAUUAUUUUUUAAAUACUAAUACAGAGAUUUUAAACCA